AGCGGCAAACAACGCCCAAUCGAGUGCGGAAAGCGGAAACCGGAAGCAAGAAGAAGACCGCGAAAGGGGAGCGGUGAAAUGUCUACUUUCUAUCUUAAACUCUGCCAGGAUGUUUAUGAACCAUCGCCUGCAUGGACUAAUCUUAGCUAGGAUCCUCUCGUCGCGCCGCAGCCUUAUGAGCCGGCCCCAAGGCAGUAGUUCACCCUUGGUCUGGAGGCUAACUCAACCUGUUCAGCCCAUCGGAAAAUGCCUCAUGCCGAGUCCGGUGGAACAGCAGCGGAAGCAGUCGAAUCCUUUUGGGCCGGAUUACCGAAUCUACCAGCAGAACGUGGAUCUGGAUGCCUUCUUCGGCGAGGAGCCCAAGUACGAAAAGGUGUCGGAUGUCUGCCUCCUGAAUGACCACUUCAUCCUGGUAAAGAUGCCGCCACCUGAUCCUUCUCCUCCACCCUCAAAGUCGAAGAUUUCGCGGUGCUUCAAAUGCAACCGUGGCAGCCGGGUUUCCCCUAUUCAUGAGGAACCCGAAGAGGAAUCCUCACCGGCCAAAUCCAGCUGCCGGCAGCCCUGGUCAACGCGUGACCAGGACGAGAUUGAGGUCUUCGAGUCCAGUACCAGACUAACUGGUACGCCACGUCAGGCUGUGCAGCCAGUUCCAGCGAUAGUGGAGCAACCGCAUCCCACCCUACAAUUGGAGGCGAUCCAAUCGGUGGUUCCUGGAAAGUUGGCGGUGCAUCCCAUUAGUAGGGGACCACUCCACUGGUUUCUCUGGCCCUUUCGCCGGCGUCUGGAUCAUCCCCGAGGAAAAUCCAAGCUGCCGCUGGCUGCCGUCCACAAAACCUACUUUGUGCGAUGGAACAAGCCGCCGGAUACACUAUGGCCUGGAUUCGGAGUGGACACGGUGGAGGAGCAGAAGACAGGACUCCGGCGAUGCCGUUCGGCGGUUUUCUGAGCUGACUGCUUCACAUUUUGUGUAUAUUUUCUUCGCUUUCUAAUUUAAGAAUCCAUUAUUCGAAGAACAUCAAGGGUUUCAUUUUAGACUUUUAAACAAACUGUUGAAUGGA